ACAAGCAUCCUUCAAACCUACGUAUAAAAGGGAAUCCAUCAAAGAAACAAUGGAAUAGUGUUCUGAUGGGAUGAUAAUUUGGCCAACUUUCCCCCUCAUUGUUGACUCUGUCCGUCUCAGGCAAAGUGUGUCGUCGAGUCCAGCCUGUCUUGCUGUUAGAAACCCCAACAACUUCCCUCAAUAUAUGUAUAUUUAAAUAAUUUAGCUAGCUAGCAUGACUGUUUGUUAUGGUUGUUCUAAAGCUAGCAGAGCAUAACUAGCUUGGCUAACCAUGUACAAAUUCAAUGUCGUUAGCUACUAAACCAGUUUUGCAAACUUUUUUGUGUACAAUAAAUCUCUGUGAUCUGAAUUUUAUAAAAGUAAAUGAAAUCAUUUGAAUCAGCCAAAUUUCACGCUGUCUGUUUUAUUUAAACUCAUUUAGCAAGCUAGUAUAGCUCCAGCCAACAAGGGGUGUGCGCGGCCAUGUUGUUACGUCAGGAUUUUUGAGACCUCGCUGGCAUAACAAGUGCACUGAUUGGUUCCUCUGAUUCUGCCAUCCAAUUAAAACAUAUCUUACUGUUGUCUGUUUUUAGAUACGGGAGAUUGCAUUAACAACAAAUCCAAUUGAACAUGCGUUGAUAGGGGAGGUUGUGUGGUGAAAAAUACGAGCCCGAUAGCUAUAUCAUAUUCAAUAUGAGCAGGAUCGGGGGUCUAUUACGCCGGAGCUUUGGGGUGAUAAAAGAACAUGUGGGCACCGACCAUUUCGGAAAUAAAUACUACUGGCAGCCCGAGCAAAAAACUUGGACGGGGAGGAUUGUUCGGGCCAAGCGGAUGGUGGUGGCUGUUAACCCUACAGAGUUUGAGUACCUGGAAGGCAACAUACCCUCAGAGUGGGAUGCUUGGAUCCGAGGCAGACGGAAGCAGCCCCCCUCCAUUGAGGAGCUGGUGAAAAACCAGCACUACAGGGAGCACAUCAAAGGAAAGGCGAGGGAGGUGGAUGAGAGAGAGCUGGCUCUGCAGGCUAAGGAGUACGAGGAGGGCCUGGUGGCUCGGCCUGCUCAGACCAUAGCCAAGGGCCACGCCGCCGCCACUAGCUUCGGCCAGCCAGAGACCAGUGAGGAGCCUGUCAGUACAGCCAACACAUUCCAGCCUGGUUCCUGGAUACCCGCAGCCAAGAAAUAGCCACACACACACGCUCACUGGGUCAUGAUACCAGUACUGCGAUACUGGAUUUUCCAUGGUAAAAAAAUAAAAACAUGAAGCAAACUGAACUCCUGCAGUUGUGUGAUUAUAGUUUGGAAAAUAAACAAUUACUCUGGGUAACAACAGAAGGCUGUGUGUUUACAAGAUUAGAACUGUUUUUCUGCUUCAUGUUUUGUUCCCUUGCCAUGGUACUUCUGAGUAUCGCGAUACUGGUACCUAACACACAAUGACACGAUGCU